AUGCGGAAAUCUGUUCCUAAGUACCGCAUGCCUGAUGCUCCUUUGCCCGCCAACGUGGUGAAGACCUUGAUUGACGAUGAGAUGGUCCUGGAUGGGACGCCACGCAUGAAUCUGGCCACGUUUGUGACGACGUACAUGGAGAAGGAAUGCGAGGACCUCAUGAUGGAGGCCGCCAGGAAGAAUUAUAUCGAUAUUGACGAGUACCCUCAAACGUACGAGAUCCAGAAGCGGUGCGUGAACAUUCUUUCGCACCUCUGGAACGCACCUUUGGGAGCGGAGGAAGAGGGCACGGGCACGUCCACGGUGGGCUCGUCCGAGGCCAUUAUGUUGGCGGUCCUCAACAUGAAAUGGGCCUGGCGAAAGAAGCGCAUCGCACAGGGGAAACCGCAUGACAAGCCGAAUUUGGUGUGCGGGGCCAACGUGCAAGUAUGCUGGGAGAAAGCCAUGCGCUAUUUCGAGGUGGAAGAACGCUUGGCCGACGUGUCUCCGGAUUGCUUGGUUCUGACGGCGGAGCGCGCGAAGGCUCUGAUCGAUGAGAAUACGAUCGGCGUGUGUCCCAUCCUGGGGAGUACCUUCAAUGGGGAAUACGAGGAUGUCCAG